AGACAGACAUUUUAAUAUACUCAAAAUAACUCACACACACAAAAGAGAAAAACACAGAGCAUUUUUCUUCGUUUAAUAAUAAACCUAGCUUAGUUAUAUGCAGAUCGUACUCCUCCGUUUAAGCUAUAGCUCUACUCCAUUUCACAGUUCAAAACAUAGGUCAUCGUCUUACCUUCUACUGUUAAGCUAAAAUGCUGUUGAACCUCUCAAAGAGAUCCAGCACUAACGAACAUGAUUCUUCAAAGAAAUCCAAAUUAUCCAUUGAGCUCAAACGCGCUUUACACUCAGUCAAAUCUCAAAUCCCUUUAAACCAUUGUAUCUGGCUUCUCAUUACCAUAUUCCUUCAGAUCCUCAUACUCUUCUUCCUCAUCCGUUCUUCUCCACCCCACCCACCCCCCCCCAACACCCCACAACUACUCGCUCUCAACCCGGAAUGCCAAUCAGGUUACGUAUACGUCUACGACCUACCCGCGACUUUCAACACGGAGUUCAUCGACAAGUGCGAUGAACUGGACCCUUGGAAAUCGCGCUGCAGCGUGGUUUCCAAUGGGGGGUUCGGGCCCAGGGCUACUGGGCUCGAACGCGUUGUCCCAGAAGAUGUCAGUCCAGCUUGGUACUGGACUGACAUGUAUGCUGCGGAGAUUAUCUAUCAUAACAGAAUGUUGUCGCACAAGUGUCGGAUUAUGGAUCCUGAAAAAGCAACGGGGUUUUAUAUCCCGUUUUAUGCUGGACUUGAUAUUGGCAAGUUUUUGUGGUUUAAUUACACUGCUAAAGAUCGAGAUAAGAAAAGUGAAAUGGUUCUUGAUUGGUUGAAAGAUCAACCAACUUUCACUAGAGCUAAAGGAGUUGACCAUUUCAUUAUGCUUGGUAGAUUAACUUGGGAUUUUCGAAGAUUAACUGAUAAUGAUUCUGAAUGGGGGUCUAGUCUACUUUACAUGCCAUUAAUGAAGAACGUGUUUCGUUUAUCAGUUGAGAAACAUCAAAAUGAUGAUUUAGAAGAAAGUGUUCCUUAUCCAACUGGUUUUCACCCUCGGUCUGAAUCUGACAUAGUUAAAUGGCAGAAUUACCUACGUAACUACGAAAGGACUAAACUUUUUUCAUUUGUUGGGGCCAAACGUGAGAAAAUCAAGAAUGAUUUUCGAGGGGUGUUAAUGGAUUAUUGUAAAAGUGAGGAAAACUGUCGGGCUGUUGAUUGUGCAACUACGGUUUGUUCUGAUGGAGCACCUGCUAUUAUGGAAGCUUUUUUAGAUUCCGAUUUCUGUUUACAACCGCGUGGCGAUGGGUUGACUAGACGGUCAACGUUUGACUGUAUGUUGGCUGGUUCAAUCCCUGUUUAUUUCUGGAGGGGAACAUUUAAAGGUCAGUAUGAAUGGCAUUUGCCUUGGAUGGCAGAGACUUAUACAGUGUUUAUUGAUAAAGAUGAUGUGAGAGAUACAAAUGGGACUUUGAUUUUGAAAGUAUUGGAAGGUAUACAUAAAGAUAAGGUAAAAGAAAUGAGAGAGACAUUGAUUAAUCUUCUUCCUAAGUUUGUUUAUGCCAGAUCAGGUGCUGGUUUAGGGAGUGUUAAAGAUGCAUUUGAUAUCACUAUUGAUAGAGUAUUGAAGAGAUUGAAGUCUCGCAGAGAUCAACUUCUUUCCCAGUGAUAUUUGUUUUUUUUGAUUGAUGGAUAGAAUUAGUUCAAUUCCGGUGGUGGUAAUUACUUUUUUGCUCUUGUAAAAAUCCUCGCUUUUCAAAUACAGUGAGACCACAUCAAAUAUAGAAUCAUCACAUUUUUCUUUUUA